AUGGUUUUAAGCCAACAUAAACAUGUUACUGAAGUAUUAUUGAGUAACAAAUUAGAUAAAGACUUUCAGUCAAUGCUAUUACCACUGGAACUCGCGAAUAACUUUAUUCUAUUACCAAAAUAUUACAUCCGUGAUGAUUUCAUAACGCCCAAAGGAACUAUUUCGAAUUUCAUCUCAUUUUUCAGUACUUUCAUAAUAGUGAUUGUGUAUAUUAUUAAUUAUUUAUACGGUAUAGAAUUUGGUUAUGAUUUUAAUAUAUAUUUCACGUUCGAUUUUAUCGCGUGCGUGUCUGGUUUUAUUAUUAAUUUAAUAAUUAACAUAUAUCAAACUUCAAACUCAGUACAUUUGAAUGUAAAAUUACAAAAUAUUUUUAAUAUUCUCGACACUAAUAAGACGGUAUUAAAAAAGAUUACACUCCUGAAUUGGGUAUACAUGUUGAGUCUUUCUAUUUUUUAUUUGAUU